AUGACCGCUCCUACUUCCGAGAACCCCACCGUCGCCGAGGCCACCCUCGAGCAGGCCUCCGUCCCCGCUCCCACCGAAGCCACACAUCCUGACGCUGCAAUUCCCGGCCAAGACGCUCCCGUCGCAAAGCCUGACGCCCCGGCGCACGAGGCCGUUGCCUCUGAAGUCGAGGCUGGUGAGGCGAAGCCUGCCGAGGAAGCUGCCGUGGAGCCCUCUAAGCCCGCCGCCGAGGAGGCCCAGUCCGCGCCCGAGGAGCAGCCCCAGGUCGCCGAGCAGCCCGAGGUCGCCGAACAGCCCGCCCCUACCCAGGCCCCCGAGCCUGUCCAAGAGUCCAAGCCCGCCGAUGAGCCUGCCGAGCCUGAGCUUCCUGCCCGUGAGGCCAAGGAGGAGAAGGAGAGCGCAGCCGCUUCCGACAAGAAGAGCAACCUUUCUUUCAUUCUCAACAAGCCCAAUGAUCUCUCCUUCGAGGAACGCCCCAUCCCCAAGCUCAAGAACGACCAUGAGGUUCUCGUCGGCAUCAACUACACUGGUAUCUGCGGUUCGGACGUCCACUACUGGCUUCACGGAGCCAUUGGCCACUUCGUCGUCAAGGACCCCAUGGUUCUCGGUCACGAAUCAGCCGGAACCAUUGUCGAGGUCGGCAGCGCGGUCAAGUCGCUCAAGGUUGGCGACAGGGUCGCUCUCGAGCCAGGCUAUCCUUGCAGGAGGUGCUCCAACUGCAUGAGCGGCAGGUACAACCUCUGCCCCGAUAUGGCGUUUGCUGCUACUCCGCCUUACGACGGCACCCUGACGGGCUUCUGGGCCGCCCCCGCCGACUUUUGCUACAAGCUCCCCGAGAACGUCUCUCUCCAGGAGGGAGCCAUGGUGGAGCCCCUGGCCGUCGGUGUCCAUCUCGUCAAGCAGGGUGGCGUCAGGCCCGGCGAUAGCGUUGUGAUUAUGGGUGCCGGCCCCGUCGGUCUCCUCUGUGCCGCGGUGGCUCGCGCCUUUGGCGCCAGCAAGGUCGUCAGCGUCGACAUUGUCACCUCGAAGCUCGAGGUGGCCAAGGAGAUUGCGGCCACGCACACCUAUGUCAGCCAAAGGGUGUCUCCCGAGGAGAAUGCCAAGGCCAUCAUCGAGCAGUGCGAACUCGGUGACGGUGCCGAUGUGGUCAUCGAUGCUAGCGGUGCUGAGCCUUCGAUCCAGGCCAGCAUCCACCUUGUUAAGAACGGCGGCACCUACGUGCAGGGUGGCAUGGGCAAGCCGGACAUCACGUUCCCCAUUGUGUUGGCCUGCAUCAAGGAGAUCACCUUGAAGGGCAGCUUCCGGUACAGCAGCGGUGACUAUAAGCUUGCCGUCCAGCUUCUCGGUUCCAACCUGGUCGAUGUGAAGAAGUUUAUCAGCGGUGUCGUACCCUUCAAGGAUGCCGAGAAGGCCUUUGAGAAGGUCAAGGAAGGUCAGGUCAUCAAGAUGCUGAUUGCCGGUCCCAACGAGACCCUGGAGUAG